CAGCACGACAUACAACCAUACGAGGAGUCUCACUCUCCGAUGUGAAUCAAAAUACUUGGCACUUCUGAAGUUCUGAUCACACUGACUCGGAGAGUCGGAGUUGAUGUUGAACCUCAACUUUGCUGACUCAAAAUUGAAAAUUCCAAUUGAAUCAAACAACAUAAAAAUAACCUGCAACUCUUGAAUUCUCGACCAUAACUACAAAAAUGGCGUCGAACUUAACCGAACCGUUUUCAAUUGAUCCAUUGUUUGACAAAGAACGCCAUGUUCGAUUUCUAGACAUGAUGUACGAGUUGCUGCCAAGCGAUUACGAGUCUCAAGAGAUCAACCAUCUCACUCUUGCUUACUUUUCUCUCUCCUCUCUCGACAUUAUUGGCUCCUUAGAUCGGGUUGACAAGAAGGCAAUUGUUGCAUGGGUGUUGUCAUUUCAGGUUCAUCAAAAAGAUCAAGAUGCAUUCAGAAACGGACAAUUUUAUGGAUUUCUUGGCUCGAGGUCAUCACAGUUUGCAGAUGUCCACAGGAAUUCGAAAUGUAACAGCAGUCAUUUGGCAAGUACAUAUAGUGCACUAGCCAUAUUAAAGAUAAUCGGCUAUGAUUUUUCUUUGUUUGAUUCUGAAUCCAUUGUGAAAUCUAUGAGAAAUCUUCAACAGCCUGAUGGGAGUUUUAUGCCCAUUCAUAUCGGGGCUGAGGCCGAUCUGCGAUUUGUAUAUUGUGCUGCUGCAAUCUCCUAUUUGUUGGACGACUGGACAGGAGUGGACAAAGAUAAGGCUAAGGAAUAUAUUUUGAAUUGUCAGUCAUAUGAUGGUGGCUUCGGUUUGUGUCCUGGUCUAGAAUCCCAUGGUGGUGCAACAUACUGUGCCGUUGCAUCUCUACGACUAAUGGGAUAUAUAGAAGAUGAUCUUCUCUCCAAGGGUGUAUCAACCUCAAUCAUAAACGUUCCCCUGCUACUCAGUUGGAUGAUGCAGAGACAAGCUGCAGAUGGUGGAUUUCAGGGAAGACCAAACAAACCCAGUGACACAUGUUAUGCUUUCUGGGUGGGUGGAGUGUUGAAGAUCUUGGGAGGUAGCAAAUUUGUUAAAAGGGAAGCCUUGCGUGAUUCACUACUGACUUGUCAGUCUGUGUAUGGUGGGUUCAGUAAAUUCCCUGGGGAAUUACCAGAGCUUUAUCACUCAUAUUACGGGUUCUCUGCGUAUAGUCUUUUGGAAGAACCUAGUCUGAACUCUCUGUGCAUUGAGCUUGGACUAACUAAGAGAGCUGCAUAUGGAACUUGAUGUAUGAACUCUUUCAUUCAACUUUGAUCUUCCUACGGAUUAACUUGAGGCGCGAGUUGUAUCAUGUCAUAUGUUGUACAAUAGAGAAUAGGUAGCAUGUAACUUCAAGGCUGGAUUAACUUUAGGUUGGCAGCAAAUGUUUGUUUCUUCCCCUGAUGUUUUGAGGGAAGUAAAAGAAAAGUUUUUGCAAGUAAUUUGUGCUUGAACAAUAUGUAUGUUCUCUAUUUAUUAUGGUAACUAAGGAAUUACAGAAUGUCUACGUCGAAAAUUGUACGAGGAAAUACAGAGAAAAUGUUGGAUUUGAUCA